AUGAGGGUGCACCUCGUUCGGCACGGCGAGGUGCACAACCCGCGCUCCGUGAUGUACGGCCGGCUCCCGCGCUUCCGCCUCAGCGCUCACGGCGUCCGGCAGGCCGAGGAGGCAGCCGCACAUCUCGCGAGCCGCCAGCUUGCACUGAUCCUCUGCUCACCGAUGCUGCGCGCGCGGACGACGGCGCGGGAGCUGCAGCGGGGGCAGGCGAGGGCGCACCGGCAGCCGCAGGGUCCGCCGCUUCGCCAAGAGGCGGCGCUACUGGAGGUGCACACGCCGCACGACGGCAAGCCCCUCAGCACAUUUGCCGGGCGGUGGCACACUCUGUACGAUGACGUUCCCGAGGGCUACGAGACCUUCGAGGCCGUCGCGUCGCGGUUGCGCAGCCUGCUCGCGCGGCUCGCCGCCGACUUCGGUGAGGACGCCGAGGUCGCCUGCGUGACGCACGGCGACGUCGUCUUCUCGGCGCGGCUUCUCGCGGAAGGUCUGCCGACGACUCUCGCGUCCAAGAAGCGGGAGGACGCGCGGCUCUACCCGGCCACCGCCUCCAUCGUCUCGCUCGACGUUGACGCUGACGGCAGCGUGCGCGGCGGCGCGUACUGGGCUCCCACCCGCGCGCCCGACCGUUUCACCGAGACGCAGGCGCAGGCUCCGGCGCUCUGCGGGGCGGCGGCGGCUGAGGAGGGCGGGGGAGGCGGCGGUGAGACGCCCGCGCGGAAGGCGAAGAGGAGCCGCAGAGGGGUUUCGUGA